ACUCACCACCAUUUCUCAAGACACAGACACACACAAAGAAGAAAACCAAACCAAAUUAUUUGUUUCUAAGCGGGAAAGAUGAACCAAGAAGAACAAGUACAGGUUUUGGGGUUAUGGGGAAGUCCUUUCAGCAAAAGAGUAGAAAUGGUCCUGAAACUUAAGGGCAUACCGUAUGAAUACAUCGAAGAAGAUGUUUAUGUUCAGAAGAGCCCUAGGCUUCUCAAAUUAAACCCUAUACACAAGAAAGUGCCUGUCCUCGUCCACCAAGGCAAAUCGAUAGCUGAGUCUCUGGUUAUUGUCGAAUACAUUGAAGAUACUUGGACGACAAGUUACCCUAUGUUGCCUCACGAUCCUUAUGAACGCUCUAUGGCCCGUUUUUGGGCUAAGUAUGCGGAUGAUAAGGUAAUGUCAACAUUGUGGAAGGCUUGUUGGGGACCUGAAAGCGAAAGAGAGAAGAUGGUAGAAGAAGCCUAUGACGGUUUGAAAUACCUCGAAGAAGAGCUUGGAGAUAAACAAUUUUUCGGAGGAGAGACAAUUGGUCUUGUUGAUAUAGCAGCUGAUUUCAUAGCAUAUUGGUUUGGAAUUGCGCAAGAAGCUUCAGGUGUGAUGAUCAUGACCGCAGAGAGGUUUCCAAAACUUCAACGUUGGUCGCAGAAUUUCGUUCGGAAUAAUAUUAUUAAGGAAGUCUUGCCGCCUAAGGAGAAGCUCAUGGCUCUUUUCAAAGCCCAAUUUGGAAAUAACGCAUCCAAUGAAGCGUAAUAAGACAAAGACUCUCUUACUUUAUGAAAAGUAUGUAUGUUAUAUCUAGAAAGUCUGCUGUUUGUUUGCACACAAAAAAAAAGAAGCUGUUUGUAUGUUGUCUUUGUUUUUAUUACGUGUAUUAUUUGUUAAACUUUCCCAACUUUCUAUAAUGGUUAUAGUCUCUAGAAGGAACAUUCAAACAAAAUAUGAAGUUGGACAAUUUAUUGAAGAUUUAGUGGAAACACACUAAAACAAGUGUGUUGCAAGGGAAAUAAGCAUCGCAAUUCCGUUGCAAAUCGUCAUUUGCGAAAUUACUGCAAGGGAACACAUUCCGUUGCAAAUCGCUCGUCGCAAAUAAAAAACGGUCGCAAUAUCCUUGAAAAUCUGCGAGAAAAUGAUUUCCGUCGCAAAUUUGCAAGAGAAUAUUUUUCCUCGCAAAUUUGCAAGCAACUAAAUACCCUCGCAAAAUUGCAAUAGAUUUGCAACAAAAACUUUCCCUUGCAAAUUUUUUCAAGUAUAUUAAAAAAAAAACUAAAAAUAAGAAAUAAAAAAUAUAAAUAAAUAAAUAAAUAUAUAUAUAUAUAUAUAUAUUGAAACCGGUACACUAAAGGAAAAUGUAUCUAUUCCGAUGGUUAAAAAAAACAAUUUGAUAUAAUUAAUAAAAACAAAUAUGUAAAUAUAUAAACAUAAAUACAAACAAAAUACAAGAAACCUAAAUCUAAGCCGCCGCUGUCGUUCUCCUCCAGUCGUCUUUGUCCACCGCACUCUCAACGCUUCAGCCACCACCGAUGCUUCUACUUCCGGCCAUCGCAUCCACCUUCCAGAUUAGUGACUGAUUUUGCGACUACGUAUGAAAAAAAAAAUUAAAAAAAAUUAAAUUAAAAUAAUAUUAUUAUUAACU